AUGGAUGAUGGUGGGCAUCGUGAAAAAGGUGGCCAUAGGGUAGAUUACUACAAAGGCGUUCAUCCUCAGUGGAACAUGAUGCCGCAACAAUACCAAGUAAAAGACCAAAACGCCCUCCUAAUGAACCGAAAAAUCAUGCACAUUGUGUCGGAACGAGACACGGCAAUCGAAGAACGCGACCGCGCGCUUUCCGAAAAAAAAUCCGCGUUAGAAGAACGCGAUAUGGCCAUCCAACAACGCGACGCCGCCAUAGCGGAUCGCAAUGACGCCAUAAGGGAACGCGAUAACGCAAUCGCCGCUCUCCGGUUCCAAGAAACCACCAUGAACAACCACCUCCAACGAGCCUCCAAACGCACCGCCACCACCCACCACCACCCUCCGCCGUCCUCAUACCGACACGACCAGAACCCGAACAUCACCGAAGCCUUCCCGAUCACCAUCGUCCCCUCCGAAGCCACCGUCGCCAAGUCAAAAUCGGUCAAAGAGAGAAAAUCCGGCGGAAACGGCGGUUCUGGCGGCGGCGGUGGUGGUUCGAGGUUGAAGAAGCAGAAGAAAGUCGGGGAGGAUUUGAAUCGGAAUGUGACAACGGAUGGAUCGAAGGCGGAAUGGGACGCGCAAGAACUUGGAUUGAUGGAUCAAAUUAAUUUUGAUGAAUCGACGAUGCCGAUUCCGAUUUGUUCGUGUACCGGAGUUGGGCGGCAGUGCUACAAGUGGGGUAGCGGUGGGUGGCAGUCGUCGUGUUGCACCACCACUAUUUCGGUGUAUCCGCUCCCUCAGAUGCCUAACAAGCGGCAUUCUCGAAUGGGUGGCCGGAAAAUGAGCGGGACCGUGUUCACUAGGUUGCUUAGUCGGCUGGCGGCACAAGGCCAUGACUUGUCGGUUCCGGUUGACUUGAAAAACUAUUGGGCGAAACACGGGACGAAUCGGUAUAUUACUAUUAAGUGA